AUGAAUGGAUUCGACGCAGCUGGGUUCAUGAUCAGUCUCCUGGAUAUGUCUCCGAACUUCGCCGGCGUGAUGCUCUCUUUGAGUUGCUCCGUUGCUAAUUUAGGAAGCAUUUUUACACCCAUAGUCACCAGUUUUAUUUUACGUAAUGACCCUACUGAUAUACGCAGAUGGCGAAUCGUAUUCCUGAUAAUAGCAGCAGUGAUUGUCAUCACAAACAUCGUAUAUUUGAUACUUGGGACUUCAAAUCGUAUGGAUUGGGAUUAUCCUGACUUCAAAGACAAGAAAACCGCAGAUCCGGAGGAAAUAAAACCAGUACUGACAAAUUCACAGAUGUCAAAGGAACAAAAAACAAAAUCCCACUAG